AUGUCUGAAGAGGCGCUUUCAGAAAGUGACCUGGAGCCCAGCCUUAACAGUGAAGAGGAGUAUUUGGAAAAUGAGGAGGAGGAAGAGGAGGACAUGGAGGACAUGGACGAGGAUGAGGAUGAAAAUGAUGGAGACGAUGAAGACGACAGUGUCGAACGACCUGCAAGUGCCCAGAGCAGGACAGAAACAGCCCAGGAUGGCAGGGACUCCACUUCAGCUACCUCCGGAGAGCCAUCCUCAGAGCCUCCGUCUCGGCCCGCUUCCCGCACAUCUUCCAGGUCUCCCUCCAGACCUGCCUCCCGCUCUGCAACCAGCCCGGAAAACUCAAGCCAGAGCAAGCCACACUCUGGCAAAACAAAGAAACAAAAAGCCUCUAAGUUAACCAAAUCCUCCAAGUCUUCAAAAGGCUCCAAACUUUCCAAGCCAUCUAAGCCUGCACACAUGAGGAAGAAUAUCAGGAAGCUGCUGAAAGAGGAUCAGCUGGAGGCUGGGACCAAGGCUGCUCAACAGGAGGAGAUGGAGAGGCGGAAACGUCUGGAGCAGCAGAGGAAGGACUUCCCUACACCAGCCCCAACUGUCCCAGACUCUCAGCUAGUGGACACUGCUUCACUUUUAGGAGAAGUAUCUCACUUGGUCCCUGCCCUCCUGAGCAGGCAGGAUGUGAUCUGUCUUGACAGCAGUGGCGAUGAAGACGAAAAAGUGGACCCCACGCUGCCUGCGCUUGCCGUUAGUGAUGAUGUAAUUGAGCUUAGUUCUGGGGACGAGGAUGCCCUGCAGAUAAGCAGCGAGUCGGCUGAUGAGGACGCAGAUGGCACCACCAGUUCAGAGGAGAGCAGCGGGGCACACAUCAACGACGCUCUAAAUCUGCCCGAUGCCCAGGGUCGAGUGCUGGUUAAUAUCAAUCACCCCGCAGAGGAGAAAGACCUUUACCUCGCUCCGCAGCUGGCCAGGGCCGUCAAACCUCACCAGAUCGGAGGAAUCCGGUUUCUGUAUGAUAACCUCAUCGAGUCUCUGGAGCGGUAUAAGACCAGCAGUGGCUUUGGCUGCAUCCUCGCUCACAGCAUGGGUUUGGGCAAGACUCUGCAGGUCAUUUCCUUCAUUGACAUCCUACUGAGGAAUACUGAGGCUCACACUGUGCUGGCCAUUGUUCCUGUGAACACACUUCAAAACUGGCUGACAGAGUUUAACCUCUGGCUCCCACCCCAAGAGGCCCUUUCCCCUGACACUGACCCUACAGUCGCCGUAGGCCGCGCAUUCAAAGUUCACAUCCUCAACGAUGAGCACAAAACGACGCUGGCCAGGGCCAAGGUUGUGGAGGAAUGGUCCAGAGACGGAGGGGUGUUGCUGAUGGGUUAUGAAAUGUACCGCCUGCUGUCCAUGAAGAAGAGCUUUGUGAUGGGCAAGAAGAGGAAAUCAAAGAAGCCCGCAGGGCCAAUCAUCAUCGACCUGGAUGAAGAAGACAGACAGCAGGAACUCAUGAAAGGUAUUGAAAGGGCCAUAGUGCGCCCUGGCCCAGAUGUGGUGAUAUGUGAUGAGGGUCAUCGCAUUAAGAACUACCAUGCCAGCACAUCACAGGCUCUGAAGAACAUCCGCUCCCGGCGCAGAGUCGUCCUGACGGGUUACCCGUUGCAGAACAACCUCAUUGAAUACUGGUGCAUGGUGGACUUUGUCAGGCCAGACUUUUUAGGCACGCGUCAGGAGUUCAGCAACAUGUUUGAGCGACCCAUUCUGAACGGGCAGUGCGUGGACAGCACACCUCAAGAUGUCCGCCUGAUGCGCUACCGCAGCCACGUGCUGCACAGCCUGCUGGAGGGUUUUGUCCAGAGACGUGGUCACGAUGUGCUGAGAGACCAGCUUCCCACCAAGGAGGAGCAUGUGAUCUUGGUGCGACUCUCUCCCGUUCAGAGGGCGCUGUACACAGAGUUCAUGAAACGCUUUCGAGAAGCAGGGAACAGUGGUUGGCUCGGCCUAAACCCACUCAAAGCCUUCUGCGUAUGCUGCAAGAUCUGGAAUCACCCAGAUGUCCUCUACGAAUCCCUGCAAAAGGAGAAUCAGGCCAAUGAGCAGGACCUGGACCUGGAUGACAUCACUUCAGCCAGUAACCCCCGCUGCCCUGCACCGGGUGCCGGCCUCAAAGCCAAAGUAGCUGACUCGAGCAACAGCAAAGUCAACAACACCCUGCCACCCCUCAAUCCCUCCCAGGAUAGAGCCAAUCAAGUCAUUACAUAUGAAUGGGCAAAGGACAUAAUGUCAAACUACCAGACAGGAGUUCUGGAAAACUCUGCCAAGAUGCUUCUGCUCUUCCAUUUGAUUGAUGAGAGCGUGAGAAGAAGAGACAAGAUUUUGGUCUUUAGUCAAAGUUUGUCCACCCUGUCCGUCAUUGAGGACUUCUUAUCAAAGAGACCCAUGCCGACAGGCAUCGCCUCUGAAACCCAGAACCAAAACUGGGUUCGCAACCUCAAUUACUACAGAUUGGAUGGGAGUACAUCUGCCUCAGAAAGAGAGCGACUUAUAAAUCAGUUUAAUGACCCAGAGAACACUGCAACAUGGGUUUUCCUGCUUUCAACAAGAGCGGGCUGCUUGGGGGUAAAUCUGAUCGGGGCCAACCGUGUCGUCGUGUUCGAUGCCUCCUGGAACCCAUGUCAUGAUGCCCAAGCGGUGUGUAGGGUGUACCGCUAUGGUCAGAGGAAACCCUGCUACAUAUACCGCCUUGUCUGUGAUUUCACCUUGGAGAAAAAGAUCUAUGACAGACAAGUCUCCAAACAGGGCAUGUCUGACCGAGUGGUUGAUGACCUGAACCCAGUGCUGAACUUCACUCGUAAGGAAGUGGAGUCGCUGUUGCAUUUUGUGGAAGAGGAACCUGACAAAAUUUCUCUCACAUCCCGGGAGGACUUUGAAAUAGUGAUACACCAAGCUUGUCAGCUUUACCCAAACCUCAUCACCAAGCAACCUUUCCAUCAUGAAUCUCUGCUGGUGGAUCGCAAGGAGUCGAAACUGACCAAAGCAGAGAAGAGAGCAGCCAAGAAGAGCUACGAGGAUGAGAAAAGAGCCUCUGUGCCCUACUCUCGUCCAUCGUAUGCCCCCUAUUACCCAACCAGUGAUCAGGCACUCGCAAACAUACCAGCAUUCAACCAACGUGGCUGGCGUCCCAUGGCACGGCCAGAUGACAAGCCUGUGGCAAGUGUUAGGCCUAUCCAGUCAACCCCAAUCCCCAUGAUGCCUCGCCAGGUUGGUAUGGGCAUGGCUGGCUCUAGCUCAGCUGGCAGCCUGCCUGUCAACUUCCUGCAGAAAGCUGGAGUUUAUGUGCAGAGGAUUGUCACCUCGACUGAUAUUGUAAUUCCAGGAGCCAACAGCACAACAGAUGUUCAAGCUCGAAUUAGUGCAGGAGAGAGCAUCCAUGUUAUCAGAGGAUCUAAAGGCACCUACAUCAGGACGAAUGAUGGACGAAUCUUUGCUAUUCGAUCUGGAAAGAUCAGUAGACCAGCAGUCGGGGGCUCUGCUGCGUCGAGAGACACCCAUGGCUCCCUCAUCCAUCCAGUCAGCAACGGCUGUUCGUCCCCUGUGGAUCAACAGCAGCAGUCCCCCAACGGGGAGCAGCGGCCCUCCUCUCCCUUAAGCUCUGAGAUCCUCAGAGAGAUCAGCCGCUACACCUCAUCCACAGGCGAUGCCACCACUGGCAUGGGGAACGAAUUGCCAUCACCGUCGGACGUGUCGGCUGUACCGGCAGGGGAUGAAGGCAGCUCGCAAAACAAUGAGGCUGGUGAUCUCAGUAGGCAACUCACUGACGACCUCCUGAGCUCGUCUUUGGAGAUGCGUGGCAGCAAACGCAAGAGUACUGAAACCCAGGGCAACGCACAAAUAGGAAGCAAACGCACCUCCGCCGCAACACGUUACCCUGCACUGUCCAUGAGCUCCAGUGGGCUCAGCUUUCCUCCCGUGGGUUUGAACUCCUCCUCCCUACUGGGGAACCUAGGUCACAUGAGUCAUCCGCUUCUGAUGGGUGGUAGCGGUGGAUCAUCAUUCCUUCAGACACCAGGACAAACACUAGCUGACCUACAGACCAUGUUCCCUUCUGCCACAGGGAACGGACACCUUUCCACGCCCUCCUCAUCCUCUCUGCCCACUGUUUUCUCCUCUGCUUCCACCACCAUGCCUAUGUCGUCCGCUCCCUCGGCAGCACCUUCUUCAUCCCUGGGGUCAGGUUCUCUGUCUCCGUACUUGUUGAAUCCCAACAUGGCAGGCCUGCUUUCGCCAGGCUUCCCUCUCAACUACAGUCAGUCGCUGCUCUCUGAGCCGAGGAUGUUCCCCACCCCUCUCCUCUCUGGGUCAGGGGGAUUCCCUGCACCUAACUCCAGCUCUACUGCAUCCAGUUUUCUCUCCCAUUACAACAAUCCAACUUCCAGCCUGUUGGGCGCGGCUCUGACCCAGCCGGACAGACAUCAGAGCGCCGAGAACGGCGGCAGUAGUUCUGAUGACGACGUUAUAGAGGUGACAGGACAGUAGAGACUCAAAAAGUCUUGGGGAGGCAGUUUCACACACAAUUUUAUCAAUCAUGGCUAACAUGUAGUACAUUAGGGAUGGGAAUGAUUAGAAUUAAAGGACUAAAUUAAUUAAAUUAAAUCUGUGACAGUAUUUGCCCGAAUGGUCAGAAACAUUAUGUUAUAUUCUGGAUGUGUGAUCAGAAAUCACAUGAGGUCAAGAGAGAAAAAAAUGGGAAUUCUACAAUGAUGACGUGACUGGGCAUCUAAAUAAAAAUAAAAGCCAAUAAAUAAAACAAAAGAUUGAAGUUAAAUGUGGUUUGGCCUUGCUGUUAGUCUAGCCAUUUAAAUCCUUAAAUCAUCAGAUAAACUGCAUUCCCAUUCCUAAUGAUCUUAUUAAACUACACACAUAUACACACACACACACACACACACACAGACUCUUACCUGCAAAUGAGAGAAUCAACUUGUACCUUAAUGACUUUACAAAGUCAAAGUAAGAAAUCCUUAUGCUGAAUAUCCCAGACUUGUUCAGCUGGAGCAUCAGAGCAGUGGGAACAGACCUUUGUCGUACGGGGGACCAGCUGAAUCUUUUGCGGGCUUUCUAAGCACAGCCUCUCCUGCUACACUUUUAAGCAAGGCCUCGUCGUGCUUUUUAAUUUUACCUUUGGAAAUCAGGUGGAACAAUGUGAUGAAAACUUGUUUGGAUUGCCUCGCGACACAUUGCUGUGUCGAGUGCAAACCAAAAUUUGACUCGCUGUUACACAUGUCAGCCGUACUCACCUGCUGAACACUAAUUAACAGAUUUUUCUUCAGCACUGUUUCCUUUUUCUAGUAUACAAAACUGGAAAAAUACGCACCACAAUAAAUCAUAACAGCGGCUACAGAAGAAACCCAUUUGACAGUGUAUUUGGAGUAAAAAAAAAAAUCCUUCAAGGCUUACCUUUAACAACAAAUUUUAGGCUUUCAGAGCAUAUUUUAGUCUUUAGCAAUUUGAUAGACAUUGUAGCAUCCCCUGUUGAAAGGAUAUUAUGUGUGAUACUAUAACUGAACAUGUUGAUACUUUGUAAAUAGUCAUUAUCAUUGUUUAUAUUGCAAGUCAAUACUGUGCAGUGUGUAGAUCUUGGUUGUAGGGAGAUGGCUCAUUAUUACAGUGACUAUCAUGACGAGAAAUACGCCCUCGCAUUGAUGCUGGGGGAAACAAAUUUAUGUUCAACUUUCUAAUUUUGCUUUCCUUUUUUGUUCUUUAAAACUAAACUGAAUGUACUUUCAUGUUAGCCUUUGAUAACACAGGGGCUGGGGGCAAGGAUUCGGACUGUGUUCUUUCGUUUUUAGCCUUAAAUAAAUAACACAAAGGGGUCUUGAGUCUUAGCAUUUAUCUAGAACAUCCUUUUUACAGAUCUGUUGGAAGAACUACUGAGCAUCCCGACAGUCGGUGUCAAACUCAAAACACAAGCGUAGGGUCGGUUCAGCAUUGUGACUAAAAAGCACCAAGUGUGAAAGCCAAAAGGAGCGCAAACCAAACCACCUAGCUCAUUUGAGAAAACCUGUCUUUUGUUCCAGUUUUUUACAUCAGCGUCCCCCCCCCACCAUCUGUUGAUAUAUCAUCGUUCAGUCAAUGUUACACCCUACAUAUACUUCCUCACAGAUUAUUUUCAGAAACCUGCUGAGAACAAAUCUUACCUAAACUGUAGAAAAACAUCGCAUUCUUGCAGCCUGAGUGUAUAAAACCUUAAAGUCAAUGUAGCCACCGACCAUCAAACCAGAUGUUUUCAUUACAACCACCUGUGACUGUGACAGAACCAGGUCAGGCAGGUGUGGUGGCCUUACCAACCUGACAGUGCCAUUGUGUGGUAGCUUUUCACAGAGGUGCAUCUUUAAAAGCAGUGCAGUGUAAAGUAGCUUCUGUCAGUAGUGUCGAUAUCUGCUGUGCUUUAGGGAGUUUAGGUCUUUGCUGUUCUCUGUAGCCUUGUGUUUCUGUGUUGUGAUGACACCUCAAGGUAUGUAGAUUUUAGGAAAGUCCCUUUCCUCCGUUGGUAAAAUAGGCUAGACGCAGUGGUUAUUAGCCUUUAGAAAACACUGGAUAACCUGAGACAACAGGUCAUUCCCUAUGAAGUAAGACAUUUUUGUAGAGAUGCUUUCUUGUGGGGAUCUUUUGCUCCCACAGUCCUGAGUACUGUUCACUUUUUUCGUUUUAUUUACUGGCUACUGGCUCCUUUCCUGUUUCUGUUGUGGAUGCUUCUUUUCUGUCAUCAAGGACCUCUCCACUUUUUUCUUCAGCAUGUCUUGGGAACUUGUGAUGGUCUGUUCCAGAUUUGAAGGUGGAGCUGGCACUAUGAAAAAGAAUCAUAUCUGCUUGUGAACUGUACAUCACACUGACGCCAUGUCUUUAUUCUCAGUCUUUUUCAGUCCGUUGGAAACACGUUGCAUUUGAAUCUUGGGAAUCUGUUUAUAAAACAAAACCUGUCUGCCAUUUCAUGUCAAUUAUGUGCAUUUUUAUGUUUCAUGGGAAUUCUUUCAUUUUUUAAAAUGUUUUUUAUAACUUCUUAUUGGUGUUUACUCACCUGGCAGUUGUUUCCCUUAUUUCAAUGUAAGUGUCUGAAAUUUAUUUAUUUAUGAUGGAAAAUAUAUUGUUUUUGUAAUUACAUUUUUUAACCUUUUGUUCACUCUGACCCAUUGACGGCUGAUCCAGUAAGAAUUUCGUACAUGCAGCCUAGAUCGAAGCAGAAUAUGACCGUGUUAUCAAUGUUAUUUUAACAAUAAAACACUCUUCUAUU